GGCCUUGAACAUCCCGCGGACUUCCAAAAUGCACAUUUCCAGAUUUCCUUGGGUUGCGUUAUCUGCGACUCUUGUCUUCUGCAACUUUUCUGCAUCUGUUUCGAGGUUCUCCCUGGUGGAGUUCGGAGGCGCUGUGCGCGCCCAGGGCUGUGAGUCAGAUGUUCCUUCUGCCUGAAAAGCUGGAGCCUUCUUGCCAGGAGACUGAAGCUGUUUACGUGCAUGUUUUGUGCUGGGCGUGAGAGACAGAACACAAGCAAGAAAAUAAAUACGUAACUUGGUGUACUUCCCCGGGGGCUUUAAAUGAUUUGGCUGGACCGACAGAUGGAAGGAAGGAAGGGGUGUUGAUCAAAAAGGGACUCGGUUUCCCCUCCUGUCCUGAGGACAGACAGAAUAUGGCCACUCCAGGAUAUCCCGUGGCCCAACCAGUCUACCCCAUGGCUUCGCCACCUUACCCAGUGCCUCCGCCACAGUCCGUCCCCUCUGCGCCAAGCCCUGGGUUCAACGUCUAUCCCAGUCCGGCCCCAGGACACGUCGUUCCCCCCCAGCCUCCCCCCCGGGGUAUUCGAGAGCACGGGGCCAUCCCUCCCCACCAACAAGCGACGGACCCCCAUGCCGCCAUCACCCCGUACAUGCCUGUGGCCACCAACAUCCCUCCUGGGUUGGAGUAUCUCACCCAGGUGGACCAAGUGUUGAUACACCAGAAAGUAGAGCUUGUAGAAGCUUACAUCGGCUUUGAAGGGAACAAUAAGUACGAGGUGCGCAACAGCCUCGGGCAGCCCGUCUUCCACGCGGAGGAGCGGAACGACUGCUGUACGCGGAACUGCUGCGGCUCGCUGCGCCGCUUCUCCAUGCGGCUGGACGACCCCGCGGGGCGCGAGGUCUUGCGGAUGGUCCGGCCCCUGAAGUGCGUCAGCUGCUGGUUCCCGUGUUGCCUUCAGGAGCUAGAGGUGCAGUGCCCGCCCGGCACCACCAUUGGCUACGUGGUACAGACGUGGCACCCCUUCACACCCAAGUUCUCCAUUCAAAACGUCGAAAAGGAGACGAUGCUACGGGUUUUGGGACCCUGCUUUGCCUUCAGCUGCGGCGGAGACGUGAACUUUGAGGUGAAAACCCGGGACGAAUCGCGUGGCGUCGGACGCAUCAGCAAACAGUGGGGCGGUCUCCUCAAGGAAGUCUUCACCGACACGGACAACUUUGGCAUUAAUUUCCCCAUGGACCUGGACGUGAAGAUGAAGGCGGUGCUCCUGGGAGCGUGUUUCCUCAUUGAUUUCAUGUUCUUUGAGAAGACAGGAGAAGUGGGACAAAGGAGUUCGGUGAUGACGAGCUAGAAGCAUCGCGGAUCCUGGCUUUCCCCCUCCCGGCUGGACAGGGGAGGCUGUCCCUGUGGGCUUUGGGUUGUGUGCAAGGGGGAAGAGCGUGAGUGUGAGCGCGUGGGGGGGGUCCCUCUUCUCAAUUCACCUGGUCGGUAGCUGCUGACUCUCAGAUCCCUCUUUCCGUGAAGGCACAAGGAUUGUCCCCAGGGGCCCGAGAUGAUUUGCAUUUCCCCCCGCAGGUCCCCGGGAAGACCCACCGUGAGGUCAGUUAUGCAUAGGGACGUUCCGUGGGGCAUAAACCCUACUGGAGUGGACUCCGUGUGUCCGUCUGCCCAACCUUGCAGUCUCUCAUGAUGCCAACAGGAUUUUCCCAUGCGGGUGCUCCUUCUGCCCCACUGCCAACUCAGGUCACCCACCUGGAACCCAAAACUCUACGGUCUCUCUGGACACAGCAGAGUUUUGAAGUCACUGCCCCGCGGAUACAAAAGGUGGUACAGUCCUGCUUGCAGUUCAACAGAACUGAGAAAUAAUUUUCUUUUUACAGCCUCCUCCAGCCUGUAAGGCAAUGCUGGCUGGGGGGAUUCUGGGAUUUGUAGUAAAAAGAAAACCCCCACAAAGUUUACAUUUCUGAGCUUUGGGAAGCUGUCUUGGGAGAAAUGCCUGGGUGUGUGGUGGAGGGUAAGAGUCUGGAUCCGAACUCUUGUCUUCCAUGCAAAGUGCCUUUCCUUAUUUUGGAUCAUCCGGCAUCACGAGUCAUCUCAUUAUUUGGGAUCCUUCGACUCUCCCCAGAUAUCAUCUUCAGCGGGGGAGGGGGCUGGAGAGGUCUUUUUGAGGAAGAGCAGGAGGUGGGGAAGUUUGCUUCCACCUGGCAAAUUGGGAGAGGUUUCAGACAGGCUCACUCCGAUGGCGGAGGCACCGCUCCUUUCACAUCGCUGGCCUCUCCUUCCCGCACAGACGGAGAGGAUGAUGAGCUGACAUGGAAGUGCG